UUUACUACAACCUGUCGUUUAAACUCGUGGUUCAUUGUGAUUGAACGAUUGAAGUCGACGUGGAGGACAACUGGUAUUACAACACACAUCGCCAGUCAUUCAGUGACUAGACCUGAUUAUAUGGCAUUUUUUAAAGCACUUGCACUGGCUUAUAUAAAUCCCGUGUUUAAAAGUUUUUGAAGCCGAACGGAACGGAAGUAGAAAAAACCAAGUCAUAAUAAACAGUCUUUUAUUACAUCGGGCGAAAUAUACCGACAUGCUAAUGUCUAGUAAGGUCAUUAUUUUCAUAACAUGCCUUUAUAUGGCAUCGCAAAUACUAGCUAAUAGCGAUGAGGACGAAGACGACCCGAAGAAGAGCAUGGAAGCGCUCGGAACGUUCUUUAAAAUGAUGUCUGGCACGGAUAAAGAGUGUAAAAUGAGUUGCCCGGAAGGAUCGGUGCCAUUGCCGCGACCUGGUCAUGUUCCGAGCAGCAAUGGCUGUGGAUCUUUAGGUAUAAAGCUGGAUACGAGCAUGUUUCCAGGUUUCGAGGGGUGUUGUGACUCGCACGAUAAAUGCUACGAUACUUGUAACGAAGACCGGGACGAAUGCGACGAAUUAUUCAAGGAAUGUUUAGGCGCCGUUUGCCAGGAAGUCAAACAAGUUCGGUCGUCGGACCAAACUCAACUUUGCGAUAACGUCAGCGGGGUAAUGCAGGCGGCCGCGGUGGGCCUGGGGUGCUCGUCUUUCAAUCAAGCACAGAAGAGCGCAUGCGUGUGCAGCGGGCACGCCAUUGAAGAAGAUGGCGACAGCAACAAAGGCACAAAGGGUGAACUGUGACUUACGUUGAAAAUGUAAAGAAAUUGACAGGAAAUUAAUAUUUAUAAUAUAAACAAAUUGUGUAAAAACUUAUAUUUGAUGCAGUUUUUGUCAUGGGGGAGGGGAGGGGGACUUCAUGUUGAAGGCAAA